AUGAUUGAUUCUGGAGCUACGUCGUGCUUCAUACACCCUCUUUUGGUAGAAACCUAUCGACUUCCCACCUACCUUCAUCCAAUUCCUAAAAAACUCCGCGUUAUUGAUGGCCAAGAAAUUGAUUCCGGCCAAAUCACUCAUUUCACUCGUUUCAAAUGCACUAUUGGUAACCAUACCAAAGAACUAGAAUGCCAUAUCUCAAACAUUGGCAACCAUCAGUUAGUUUUAGGAAUGUCAUGGCUAAAAAAGCAUAACCCCCAAAUAUCAUGGGAAAAACAUACACUUGUCUUUAAUUCGUUACACUGUUCCAAUAAUUGCCUACCCGCACCUGCUGUUUUAGAACUCAAAGCAGUAGAAGAAAUCCCCACUCCCUACCAAGAAUUCUCUAGAGUCUUUCCAGAAGAGGAAUCAUCCAAAUUACCGCCUCAUCGUCCUUAUGAUAUUGCUAUUGACCUAGGUCCAAGGGAGGAUGCAGAACUCAAGGAAACUAUUGAAAAGCAACUCAAGGCCGGAUUGAUUCAACCCUCAAAGUCUCCUAUGGCUUCUCCAAUCUUAUUUGUCAAGAAAAAGAAUGGAAAGUUACGCAUGUGUGUGGACUACCGGCGCUUAAAUAGCAUGACCAAGAAGAAUGUGUACCCUUUACCUUUGCCACAGAAUCUUAUUGAGAAGUUACAAGGCGCCAAGAUCUUUAGUAAAUUCGAUCUUAAAGCAGGGUACAAUUUAGUCCAAAUCAAAGAAGGCGACAAAUGGAAAACAGCCUUCAAGACAAAAUACGGAUUAUUUGAGUACUUGGUCAUGCCUUUUGGGUUAACAAAUGCACCGGCGGUUUUUCAAGACAUGAUGAAUGAAAUAUUCCAAGACCUUUUGGAUGUCUAUGUCAUUAUCUACCUGGACAACAUUUUAGUAUUCUCCUUGAAUGAAAAAGAUCACAAGGCCCAUGUGCAAGAAGUACUAAAGAGGCUACAGGACAAUGAUCUCUUCUGCAACAUCAAAAAAUGCCAUUUCCACGUCAAAAAAAUUGAUUACCUAGGGUUCAUCAUAUUGGAGUCUGGCAUAGAAGUUGAUCAGUCUAAAGUCACAGAUGCAAUGAAUUGGUCGACACCUAAGAAUGUCAAAAAUAUCCAGGAAUUCUUAGGAUUUGUGAACUUUUAUAGACAAUUUAUCCCCAACUUUGGCAAUAUGGCACAACCCUUGUACAACUUGCUCAAGAAAGACAGUGUUUGGAAAUGGGACUUGGCAGAACAACAGUCUUUUGAGGGUCUGAAAAAAUGUCUUACGUCAGCACCAUUGCUUCUACAACCGGAUACCACAAGGCAAUUCUAUGUGGAAUGCAACGCAUCAGACUAUGCAACAGGAGCCAUACUAUCCCAACGCAACUCUGAAGGGAAAUUGGCUCCAGUAGCCUAUCUGUCCAAAUCCUUAUCCCCUGCCAAAAAAAAUUACAAUAUCUUUGACAAGGAAUUGUUGGCGGUCAUUAGAGCAUUUAAAGAAUGGCGCCAUUUGCUAGAAGGAUCUGAAUUGCCAGUCCAAGUUCUAACGGAUCAUAAGAACUUGGAGUACUUUUCCACGUCUCAAUCCUUGAAUAAACGGCAAAUUAGAUGGGCCAACUUCCUAGUUGAUUACAAUUUCCAAAUUAUCUACAGGCCAGGAGCACAAAACAAAAAGGCAGAUAUCCUCUCAAGACGCUACAAUCUGGUACCCCUUGAAGGGGGGGUAGAGAACCAGGUUCUCCUAAAACCGGAACUUUUUAUUGCAUCCAUAACUCCGGAUCAGGAAAUCAAUGAUCUAAUUGGCGAGGCCAUUUACGAGGAUGAUUGCCUUAAGGAAAUUCUACACAAACUCCAGAACAAGGAAAAGGUCUUAGACUGGGAGUUGAGAGAAGGUUUACUAUGGUUUCAAAGAAAAAUAUUUGUACCAAAGGAUGACACUAUUAGGAACCUCAUCCUGGAAUCUAGGCACGAUGCAUUAGCGGCAGGACAUCCGGGACAAGCUAGAACAUUAGAACUUGUCUCCAGGAGUUACUACUGGCCAUCGCUGAAAAAGUUUGUCAAUUCUUAUGUCAGCCACUGCAAAACCUGCAUCAGGUCCAAGCCAACAAAUCAAUUACCUGUGGGCCUGUUAAAACCAUUGCAAAUUCCUGAACGCCCCUGGGAAGACAUCGCUUAUGAUAUGAUUGUGGGACUACCGGUUUCAGAAGGUUUUGAUGCUAUCCUGACAGUGAUUGAUUGA